ACCAUCCGUCCCGAUCCCGACCAGCUUUGAGAUCGCGAUGGCGGACGGCCGCUGCUGCACCUUCCUGGAGAUCCUCUUCGCCAUCAUCCUCCCGCCCCUCGGCGUCUUCCUCCGAUUCGGCUGCUGCAGAAUAGAGUUCUGCAUCUGCCUGCUGCUCACAAUCCUUGGCUACGUCCCCGGAAUCAUCUACGCGAUCUAUGUCCUUGUUGCUCUCGACUCUGACCAGCACGAGAGGGAAUACUACACCCUUGCUUAGAGCAUCUGGUUGUGCCAGGCGGGCCUGCACAGUUGAGUCGAAAUCAGUAUUUUUUUUCUCAUGUGGAUUGUCUGACAUGGCAUAAGCGGCAAUGGGUAACCAAGUGUUGUGGUCUAUAUCUCUGUUACCCAACUUGUGAGCUCUCUUUAUUGUGCUCCAGUUAUUCAAUCUGUAAUUGUGAUACUACAAGAGAAUAAGAUGCGCAUGUAUCUCU